AUGUCGGCGACUCGGCUGAGCUCUGCAGGUGCGGGCAGCGCUGCGGCGUGUUCUUAUACCAACAGCCGCCCCGCAGCGCAGCCCCAGCAGCCUCCCACCUCCUCGGCGGGACGGGAAGGGGCGCGAAGACCGACCUACGUGGGGAGCAGCGACACGUCUUCGGAGACCUCGGAGGACUCGGGCAGCAGCCCUUCCCGUGCACAGGGCCCUCACUCGGGAGAAAACCUCAAUUACACAUCCCUGAUCUUCCCGGGGAAAGGCCGUGGGCCAGGAUCCGCCGGGGACUACGAGAACACCAAGGCUGGAGCAGACUAUGUCAACGUGGACCCCAAGAAGAGGAAAGCAGAUUUCUGGCCCUGCUCCAGCCCCGUGACUUCCAAGUCCAUCGAGUACACCGAGGUGAAGCUGUGA